AUGGCGGCCGUCGCCUGCGGUCUCCAGUGUCAGGGCAACAGCAGCGCGACCAGGCCGAACAAAGACCCCCAGAGGAAGACGAGGGACUCCAGGCGGAGGCAGGCGGCCCUGUUGUUCCUCAACAACAUCUCCCUCGACGGACGGCCCUUGUGUCGUCUCAGCAACGGAAACGCCGAUGGAAGAGACGCCUGGGAGCGCAGACCCCAAAGCGACGGCGCGCCGCCGGCCGGGCGCCACCAGGGAAGCUCGGCCGCCCAGGUGUCACCGGCCGCCGCCGCCGCCGACGCCGCCCUCCCGGGGACUCUCGCGGCGGGGAACCCCGUCCUCCAUCCUCCCGCGGUCGCGUCUCCGGGACGCGGGGUAACGGCCGCCGCGGGGACACACGAGGUGUUGUCGCGGGGGGACGGUUCGGACUUGACACCCUCGGAGACCCCCCGGUCCCCCGCCAUGCCCGCCCAUCACCAGUCCUGCCUGCGAGCCAGGUCUCCGUCCGUGUUCAGCCCGGCUCCCGCCGGCGCUGCCUCGGUACCCCUGGAUUCCCGCCAGAGAUCAAGGAAUGUCUCUGGUUCUCCGGGGACAAAGGUGUGUAAGAAAGUGCACUUCAUCAAGACUAUGAGGCAGUACGAUACCAGGGGAUGCAGGAUCAUGCUGAUUUGUGCCAAGCGGUCUCUGUACGCUGCUUUCUCAGUGCUGCCCUAUGGAGAGGCUUUUCACCCCAGUGAUCCGAAAUCGGAGGCUCAGAGGCAAAGGCUGUCCUCUGUGGUUGCCGUCGACCUUCUCCCCUCCCUGGAGGGAGUGGAGCUGGGAGCCUAUGGAAAGACCGUUUCCUAUGCUCAGUUUCUCUAUCCGACGAAUGCUCUGGUGCGGUCAAGGGCCAGCGGCACGCCAGAGAACUGCACGGCGCAGACCCAUCAGUCCCGUUUCCGUGGCAACGGACAGAGGAACUUCGCCCCUGCUCGCCUCAACAGCACUGCGGUGCAGGAACCAUGUGUGGAGGAAGUGGCAGAUUAUGACCCUAACCUCCUCAGCGACCCCCAGUGGCCCUGCGGAAGACACAAGCGGGUUCUUAUAUUUGCAUCCUAUGUGACAACAGUUAUUGAGUAUGUGAAACCAUCGGACCUGAAAAAAGAUAUGAACGAAACGUUCAAGGAGAAGUUUCCUCACAUCAAGCUGACCCUUAGCAAAAUACGAAGCUUGAAGAGGGAGAUGCGUGGUGUGAGCGAGGAGUGCGGCCUGCAGCCGGUCACCAUUGCGAUGGCUUUUGUGUACUUCGAGAAGCUGGUCCUGCAGGGCCGUCUCAACAAGCAGAACAGGAAGCUGGUGGCGGCGGCGUGCGUGCUGCUGGCUGCCAAGAUCAGCAGUGACCUGCGGAAGUCAGACGUCCAACAGUUAUUAGAUAAGUUGGAGGAGCGUUUCCGUAUAAACCGGCGCGAGCUGAUUCCUCUGGAGUUUCCGGUGCUGGUGGCCUUAGAAAUGGGACUCUACCUGCCUGAGAGCAAAGUCAUGCCACACUACCGCAGACUGGUGCAGCAGGGUUAGACCGGACAUGAUGAAGGCCUUGAAGUCUUCCACAGUGCAUGAAGUCGAUAAGGAUUUUACAAUGCAAAUAGCGAUCCAGCUUCAUCACUCAAACCAGUAAGUGUGUAUACUGAGAUAAGAUGAAGGGGACUCUGGCCCAGAAAUAACAGGUGGAGGUCUUUCAUCCUGAAGUUUGUGGUGGAUCCACCAACUACGGGCAGUGAUGAAGUUCUCUGAAAUGGAUAUUUCAAAUAACACCAUGGCUGUACACCGAUCAGCCAAAACAUUAAAACCACCGACAGGUAAGUGAAUAACAUUGAUUAUCUCGUUACAAUGGCACCUGUCAAGGGGUGGGAUAUAUUAGGCAGCAAGUGAACAGGCAGUUCUUGAUGUUGAUGUGUUGGAAGUAGAAAAAAUAGGCAAACGUAAGGAUCUGAGUGACUUUGAAAAGGGCCAAAUUGUGAUGGCUAGACGACUGGAUCAGAGCAUCUCUAAAGUGGCAGGUCUUGUGAGGUGUUCCUGGUAUGCAGUGUUCCGUACCAACCAAAAGUGGUCCAAGGAAGGACAACCAGUGAACCGGCGACAGGGUCAUGGGUGCCCAAGGCUCAUUGAUCCAUGUGGGGAGCGAAGGCUAGCCCGUCUGGUCCGAUCCCACAGAAGAGCUACUGUAGCUCACAUUGCUGAAAAAGUUAAUGCUGGUUAUGAUAGACAGGUGUCAGAACACACAGUGCGUCACAGCUUGCUGUGUAUGGGGCCGCAUAGCUGCAGACCAGUCAGAGUGCCCAUGCUGACCCCUGUCCAUCGCCAAAAGUGCCUACAAUGGACGUGAGUGUCGGAACCGGACCAUGGAGCAAUGGAAAAAGGUGAACUGGUUUAAUGAAUCACAUUUUCUUUUACAUCACGUGGA